AUGGGAGUGCUAUCUCUGCUGGACGAGGAAUGCUGGUUCCCCAAAGCCACUGACAGGACGUUUGUCGAGAAGCUUCUACAGAAGCAGAAGAAGCACGACAAGAUGUCCAAGCCAGAUUUCCGCAGCAAGGCUGACUUCACCGUGAAUCAUUAUGCUGGCAAAGUGCAAUACGUGGCUGAAAGCUGGCUGACCAAGGACAUGGAUCCACUCAAUGACAAUAUCGUGUCCCUACUGCAGAACUGUGCUGAUCCAUUCUGUGCCAACCUUUGGAAGGACACCUCAAACAUCACCAGUAUUGCUAACAUGGGUGAUGCGGCGUGUACACGGCCUCGCAAGGGCAUGUUCCGCGCUGUCGGACAGCUCUACAAGGAACAACUCCAGCGCCUAAUGGAGACACUUCGAAACACCAAUCCUAACUUUGUGCGCUGUAUCAUUCCCAAUCACGAGAAGAAGUCCGGCAAGAUUGUGCCGCCGUUGAUCCUGGAGCAGCUGCGAUGCAACGGAGUGCUGGAGGGCAUACGUAUCUGCCGCCAGGGCUUCCCUAGUCGUGUCCCGUUCCAGGAGUUCCGUUAG